CUGCACACUGUGAAAUAUGCCAGGUAAAAGUCUGCUUGAGAGAUUGAAAAAUGGCGAGAGUCUUGUUGUGGCAGAGGGUUAUAUAUUUGAAUUUGAGAGGCGUGGUUACCUGAAGUCAGGAAGUUUUGUUCCUGAAGUGGUACUUGAUCAUCCCGAACUUGUCAAAUCAUUACAUGAAGAGUAUGUUCACGCCGGAAGUGACGUAGUACUUGCAUUCACGUAUUAUGCUCACCGUGAAAAACUCAGACUUAUCAACAGAGAAUCCGAUCUGAAAGCUAUGAACAUGAAAGCCUUAGAAAUAGCGCGGGGAGUGGCAGAUCAAACUGGUACAUUAAUGGCGGGAAACAUUUACAAUUCCAUUGUGUGCAAGAAGGGAGACGAAAAGGCAAUUAACAAAGCACGGGACAUGUUUCAUGAACAGGUAGAAUGGGCGGUUGAGGGCGGUGCAGACUUUAUCGUUGCAGAGACGUUUUUCGAAUUUGGAGAGGCUAUGUUAGCCUUGGAAUGUAUCAAACAAUACGGGAAAGGCUUGCCUGCAGUUAUAACACUGGCGGUCCCAAUGACAACGACGAUGCAAGACGGGAUACCUGUUGACGAAGCCUGCAAACGAUUGGAAGAUGCUGGGGCGGAUGUUGUAGGGUUGAACUGUGGACGGGGUCCAGAAACAAUUAUUGAACCCCUGAAACUUGUUCUCAAAGCUUGCAGAGGACCAAUCGCAGCAUUGCCUGUUCCAUACAGAACAAACGAUAAAGAAGUGAUAUUCUUCUCUUUAACAGUGCCUGGAACAGAUAAACCAGCGUUUCCUCUUGAUAUAUCUACCUGUUACUGCACUCGCGAGGAAAUUCGAAAGUUUGCAGAAGAGUGCAAGAGUCUAGGUAUCCAAUAUGUUGGCCUGUGUUGUGGAAAUGCACCUCAUUUCAUGAGAGAGGUUGCAGGUGUUUAUGGAACACCAGCGGCAGCUUUAAAAUAUUCACCAGAAAUGGAAAAGCAUUUCGUUUUCGGAGACGAGAAAAUAAAUGAUCCUUAUUUCACCAAGGCAUACAAAUACGCCAUCGCGAAGAAAUGAGUUUAUUUUUAGCAAAAAAUAUAUCCCAUUAUACAGGGAAUCCCCCAGAACCUGUGUAGGGUGCAUGUAUUGUGAAUAUAUAUCAAAUAUACAAGUUUUUAUCAGUAUUCAUGUUCAUGGUGUCAGAAAGAGUACUAGUUAUAUAUUUUUAUCUGUCUAAUAUUGCUAAGAAAAAUGUAACUAUUAGCUAUUUAUGUAACUAUUAGCUAGUUGUGUAACAUUACAAUAAAAUCAAUUUUGAUUUGUAGUUAGCUAAUGAAAUUAAUGUAAAUGUUGAGUUUAGUAUCGCUUGUAUGGAAUAUGCACUUUAAUGUAUGCCGUAUAUCAAAUGUAAUGGAGUCAUACAUAAUGUACCUUCAGAAGAAAAGAGCUACAAUGUAUAUUUCAAUAUUAAAUUACAAAGUCGUAAACCUUUUACAAAAUCAUAUUCACAUUAACCGUAUCUGACUAUCUGAUGUAGAAUAUUCUGAGAAAAACUAUACAAUAUUAUUGCAAAUAAUUAAAAGAUACCAAUGCCACAACUAUACAUCCAAGUUUACACAUUUAACAUUGACAUUUAGGUGAUCCGACUAAUCAAAAAUCCCUUGGUGGAAUCUUAAAAUGAAAUUUCAUACAACGAAAAUACAAAAAUCAGAAGAAUCAAUCAAAAUGAAUGAAAAGGAUUGAAUGAACUAGAGUUCAACAUUGAAGGAUAUUUAGAUUAAGCCAUCAAUAUCUAUAACUAGUACUGUACGUGGGCCCCCCAUAUACUGGAGAUCGGGUAUGUUGAUUGCUUACCCAAUGGCCUGAACAUAACAUCAACUGGAGUUUCUUCAGAACAGCUACUUUAACUCUCUGUCAACAACUAUUAACAACGCUACAGUGGGAACAUCAAUGACUACUGGUGAAUUUAAUUUUGUUAGGGACGUUGUUUCGGAUUUCCAGCACUUGAACGACUCACACACCAGAUGCCUCGAUCUUAAUAUAGAUACCGGGUAUAUGAUGCCUGAUUAAGUCUUGAAGACCUGAUCUGGUAUACGUAUAGAUUAUUGUAGAAAUUGUCGCCCACAAAUCUGAAUAAAACACCUAGAGAAAACACUAAUCUGUAGAUUAUGAUAAUUGUUAAAGUGAUAACUGUAAUUUAUUUUGUUUUCUUCAUGAAAUGUAGACAUCCAAUUACUUAUAGGUGUAAAAAGCAGUGACAGUUUAAGUAGGGGUAUCGUUAGGACUAAUCUUUUCAUGAUGCAUGGAGUAUUGGUAAAAUGGAUAGG